AUGGCCACCCCCCGCUUCUCCACAAACGACGUAACCGUCGUCUUCUUCCUGGGCGGCCCAGGCAGCGGAAAGGGCACCCAAUCCGCCAACCUCGUCAAAUCCUACGGCUUCGUGCACCUCUCCGCCGGCGAUCUCCUGCGCGCCGAACAAAUCCGCGAGGGCAGCCAGUACGGCGACCUGAUCCGCGAAUACAUUCGCGAGGGCAAGAUCGUGCCUAUGGAAGUGACCGUUGCGCUGCUGUCGAACGCAAUGGCCGAUUCGCUGGCCACCUCGCCGCCCGCUGCUGGCACCAAGGCGCGCUUCCUGAUCGAUGGAUUCCCGCGCAAGCUCGACCAGGCCGUUUUCUUCGAGGAGACUGUUUGCCCGUCUGAGCUGGUCCUGUUCCUCGAUUGCCCUGAGGAUGUGAUGGAGACUAGACUGCUGAAGCGUGGCGAGACUAGUGGUCGUGAUGAUGAUAAUGCGGCGUCGAUUCGCAAGCGUUUCCACACUUUUGUUGAGACUUCUAUGCCCGUUGUUGAGGACUUCCGGAAGAAGGAUAAGGUUGUUUCGGUUUCGGCGGAUAGCUCUGUUGAGGAGGUCUAUGAGGAGGUCAAGAAGGGUAUUGAGGCUCGUGGUUUGCACGCUCGUUAA